AUGAUCGCUGUGAUAGAUUACUCGGUCAAGGAGAUGCUGCCAACCUUGCCUAAGACGAAUUUCGGGGGUGGGAUGUUGGUUGAGGUGGGCCCGCCGCGCCAGCCGCUGUUCGUCGAGCGGGCUUCGGGGAUCUCGUGCCCGAUCAAUCAGGCAGCCAGCAUAUAUGCGUUUAAGAGGGAAAUGAUGGUUCGGGACGUGUGGCUGCCAAAUUCUUCCCUCAGCGCCAGCAAGUGUCGUGGGGGAUUGGACAGGCUAUGCCGAAUCCAGCUGUCGAAGCCCUCGUCGCCGUGGGCCGCGCGGGUCGUCGCCGGCCUCACCGCGCCGGCCUUCGUGCAACGCGGCGGCGUGUUGCGCGACCACAAGUGGAUGUGCAUGCUACUAUUCCGCCACCUGUACCGCAUGGAGCAGCAGCAGCAGCAGGGCAGAAGCAUGAACGCGUCGGAUGAUGGCGAGAAGGUGCGCGCGCUGCUCAGGGCCGCCAAGACGCCUGCGGACGCUGCGCCCGUCGUGACGCACCUGUUCGCCAACCGUCUCGCGCGUGCGGACUCGUUGAUGGAUGUCGAGCUGCUCUUUUGGUUCUCGAGCGAGAUCCGAGCCGGUGUGUCUGUCCUUCAGAUCCUUGGAAGCUCGACCAUCGCGCAGCUUGGGGCCGUCGCUGCGGCGAGGAGCGAGCAUCUACACGGCCGCGACCUGGCUGCUUAG